AUGUCAAUGUCUAGAGUUGAAUUUGAAGAGAAGUGCUCUGCAGAAGGUAAAAUUUGUUGUUUUAAAUUACCUGAAUUAGCUGAAGAAGCAAAAAUACUAAAUGAUAAGAUGUUUGAUUUUAAUAACGAAAGAGAUUUCACUAAAAGACAAGAAAUUAUCAAAACUAUUGUUAAAAGUAUUGGUGAAAAUAGUGUUGUUUUUCCACCAUUCAGGUGUUCAAAAGGAAGAUUUAUAACAAUUGGUAAUAAUACUGUUAUUAAUAUCAACUGUUAUAUUAUUGAUGGAAUUCCAAUAACCAUAGGCAAUAAUGUUAUGAUUGCUGCAAAUGUUAGUAUUCUUGGAGGAACUCAUUCAACUGAUCCAGUAAUAAGAAAUUAUGGUACAGUUUACAGAAGACCUAUUACUAUUGAAGAUGGUGCAUGGAUUGGAUGUGGAGCAAAGAUCUUACCUGGAGUAAGAAUAGGUAAAAAUGCUGUAGUUGGAGCAGGUAGUGUUGUUACUCAUGACAUUCCAGAUAAUAUGGUUGCUGUAGGAAAUCCUGCAAGGGUAAAAAGAAGAGUUUCAGAGCACCCAGGAUGGACAAUAGAAAAUAGAGAUGUACCUUUAGAUUAA